UUGCGCAAUGGAAAUUAGAGACUAAUAACAUAUACUGUUAUUUACCUUGGCAUCUUUGACUCAUAAAAGAAUCCAAGUUACAGCUGCAACAAACAGAUUCGUGAUCAAUAUUAUCAUAUUCAUAUUCCCAGAAGGUUGGAAAUGGCCCAAGCUGCACAAAACCCAGUGGUUCAACAACACAAAGUGAUAGUAUCAAACAAAUAUGAGGAGAAGCUGGUGGGCUUAUUGCAUGAAACUGGAUCUUUGGAGAUUGUAAUCAUUUGCCAUGGCUUUCGAUCCUCUAAGGAAUGUAGAAUGCAGGUAAACUUGGCUGCUGCAUUGGAAAGUGAAGGGAUCAGUUCUUUUCGUUUUGACUUUGCUGGAAAUGGGGAAAGUGAAGGUACAUUUGAGUUUGCGCACUAUCAGAGAGAAGCUGAUGAUUUACGUGCUGUAAUCGAGCACUUUUCUGCAGCUAACCGUGUAAUAGCUGGAAUUAUUGGACAUAGUAAAGGAGGUGAUACAGUUCUCUUGUAUGCUUCUAAAUAUCAUGAUAUCCACACAGUUGUCAAUAUUUCUGGGCGUUAUGAUCUGAAGAGUGGCCUUGUUGAACGCUUAGGAGAAGAUAUCAUGCAAAAACUUGGGGAGAGUGGCUAUAUAGACGUCAAAGAUGAGAAGAGAGAUACCAGUUAUCGUGUGACCAAGGAAAGUGUGAUGGAUCGUCUGAAUACUGAUAUGCACGCAGCAUGUCUUCAGAUCGAUAAAGAUUGCAGGGUCUUGACAGUACACGGAUCAGAGGACGAAAUCAUUCCAGUUAAAGAUGCACAUGAGUUCGCCAAGAUAAUACCCGACCACAAAUUACACAUUGUGGAAGGAGCUGAUCAUUGUUACUCCGCCCAUGAAGGUGAGUUAACUUCAAUUGUUUUGGAGUUCAUUAAGGCAUCCUUGGAGCAGGACAAGGCUGCUUCUAGUUAGGUUCUUCUUCUAUUUCACUGACCUUAAACAUAGUCAGAGAGAACGGUGUGAACAUUGCAAUUUGACCAAUUUAUUCUAUGGCAGAGAGCAUGUUUGCCUUUCUUGGUAUGAUAUCUUUGUAUCAAAUGAAAAUUUUUAGUAAAUUUAUAAUGAUAUAAACCUCCCUUUAGAGGCGCUUGUGAACUAUGAGGUUUUCUAUUUUAUAGAAAACUGUCUAUUGUAAUUGAAGGAUUAUUACUAUUAUAUAAAGCUAUUGAUUUUAAUUAAA